AUGGCACCGUCAUACCCCCAAACAGGGAAGCUUGCAUCUGCAGCGAGAACAAAGGGUGGCUUUGUUAAAAAGCCGCGAUCUCCCAAUUUGGGAGAUAACCUAAACACUGCGUCAUCGGAUGAUGACAAAGACCUGCCACAUAUUGGUAGGACCUCAGGGACAAACCCUGAGGAUCCCAAAAACUUACAUGGGGUAAAUGCAGGGAACAAUACCCUUAGAACCCCAUGUGCCAACAUGAUCUCUCCUAGAAAGAGAGAGUUCUCACCACUGGGUGAGGAGGCAAACAUGUGCACAUGUAAGCGCACGGCUGCCACACUAACAGCCUUAAGGGCUGGGUCAGACACGCCAAAAGAAGUCCCUGAGCCCCACUAUCCUCAGGGAACCUCUCACUUGGUGCAAGACACUGACAAAAACAGCAGUAACUCCUGCUGGCACAGGGGGCCGUCUGUGGCCCCAAGCAAUGUGGAAAAAUUGUCCACAUCGUCUCGUGUCACCCGCAUGACAUCCAGCUUGCAACAUUGCAGCAAGCCGGUCCACUCCCAAGUCUAUUUGACUGGGAGUUACACAAAACCAUCAAACGAUCACUCCCACUGGCACAGGGAGCCGUUUCUGAUCGCAAAAAAUGUGGAAAAAUCUUUCACAUGUCCAGCAUCGUCUCGCAUUAAACGCGAGACGUCCAGAUUGCAAUAUAGCAGCAAUCUGGUUCACUCCCCAGUCGAUGCGACUGGAAGUUGUCAUAAACAACCAAAUGACCACUCCUGCUGGCACAGGGAGCCGUUUGGAGUUCCAAAAAAUGUGGAAAAACCGUCCACAUCUACGGAAUCGUCUCGCGUCAGCCACGAGACGUCCAGCUUGCGAUAUAGCAGCAAGCCGGUUCACUCCCCAGUCUAUGCGAUGGGUAGUUGUGCAAAUCGAUCAAACGACAACUCCUGCCAGCACAGGGAGCCAUUUGUGAUCGCAAAAAAUGUGAAAAAAACUUCCACAUUGUCUACAUCAUCUCACAUUAACUGUGAGACGUCCAGCCCGCAAAAUCGCAGCAUGCUGGUUCACUCCCCAGUCUAUGUGACUGGGAAUCGUGCAAAACAAUCGAACAACAACUCCUGCUUGCACAGGGAGCCAUCUUUGAUUGCAAAAAAUGUGGAAAAAACCUCCACAUCGUCGUUACCGUCUUGCAACUAUAGUGAGACAUCCAGCUCGCCGCCUAGGCGUGAGCCGGAUCAAACCCCAGUCUAUAAGACUGGGAAUCAUCAAAAACCCUCAUGGGACGACCCCCACUUGUGCAGGGAGCCAGUCCUGAGUGGAGGAAAUGUGGAAAAAACUUCCACACCACCGACACCAUCUCACAACCACUGUGAGACACUCAGCGCUCUGUCUGAGAACGAGUGCACACACUCCAACAUGGAUAUAAAGGCCAUGUCAUCCAGAUCGACACAGACUCACAGGUUGAGCUCACUUCCAGACUGUCCUCAGAUGGCCUCGGACCCAGCGUGGACACAGCAAAGGGACCAGGUGCAGGAGGAUGGGGAAGCUCCCCGAAGUCAAUUGUCCAAGAAACUUCUGGACUUUUUCCAGGUCCCAUCCGAAUGGAGGACAGGAAGUGAUGAAGAACUCCUUCUCAGGCUAAAGGCCCGAGAAAUAAUAGGAGAAAAGGUCAAGGGCAGAUGCUCAGAGAGCACAGAGGCUCAGGGGAAGCCACUGCUGCCAAGGCCGAACCCGAAACUUUUGCCAAAAAAAGCGAAGUCACCAACUUCGGAUGAGGUCACUGAAGUCUGUAGGAGUGCAAUGUGGCAGAAGAAGGAGCCUAGUAAGGAGAACCCACAAAUGAGCAGGCAACCAUCAACACCAGGCCCCAUCUUAGGCAAAGGAUAA